CAGGCAGGGCCAUGGCAGCAGGCGGCCGGCAGGCCGGGCCCAUGCCGGACCUCGGGCGCUAUGUGGUGUCCCGGCCCAUAUACAGCGAGGCGGCCUUUCAGGAGGAGAACGAGAAGAGAGCGCACCUGCGGCCGACCCUGCGCGAGCGAGUCCAGGGAGCCUGCAGCUGUUCAAGAAAAAAGGCCUUUCAGAUAACCAAGUCCUUUCUCCCUGUCCUGGAAUGGCUACCUAAGUACAGAGUAAAGGAAUGGCUAGUUAGUGAUAUCAUCUCUGGUGUCAGUACGGGGCUUGUAGCUGCUUUACAAGGUUUGGCAUUUGCUUUACUGGUUGCAGUUCCUCUUGGACAUGGUCUCUACUCUGCAUUUUUUCCCCUCCUGACAUAUUUCUUCUUGGGAACAUCAAGGCACCUCUCAGUUGGACCUUUCACUCUGGUCAGUUUGAUGGUGGGAUCUGUUGUGCUGAGCAUGGCACCUGAUGACAAGUUCCACAUAAUGAGCAAUAAUGCUACAGGGCUUAACAAAACGCUGAUAGACACUGUAUCCAGAGAUGCUCAGAGAGUAGUGAUUGCCAGUACCCUCACAUUUCUGGUUGGAAUUAUACAGCUUUUGUUUGGAGCCCUUCAGAUCGGUUUCAUUGUGAGGUACCUUGCAGAUCCCCUGGUUGGAGGAUUCACAACUGCAGCUGCUUUUCAAGUUUUUGUUUCACAACUGAAAAUAGUCUUAAAUGUUUCAACCAAAAAUUAUAAUGGGAUCCUUUCCAUAAUAUAUACCCUCAUCGAAAUAUUUCAAAGAAUUGGUACCACCAACAUUGCAGAUCUCAUUGCUGGGCUACUCACUAUUUUUAUUUGUAUGGUAGCUAAAGAAAUAAAUGAUCGAUUCAAACACAAGAUCCCUGUUUGUAUUCCUAUAGAAGUAAUUGUGACAAUAGUAGCCACAGGGAUCUCAUACGCUGCUGACCUGGAAAAAAAGUACAAUGCAGGCAUUGUUAAAACCAUUUCUAGAGGGUUUUUACCUCCUGAGCCUCCAGCUGUCAGUAUGUUUUCAGAAAUGAUAGCAGCUGCAUUUUCCAUUGCUGUGAUCGCUUAUGCUAUCGCUGUGUCUGUGGCAAAAGUCUAUGCAACGAAACAUGACUAUCCUAUUGAUGGAAACCAGGAAUUUAUUGCCUAUGGGAUCAGCAAUGUGUUUGCAGGAGCUUUCUCUUGUUUUGUUGCUACCACCGCUCUAUCACGUACUGCUAUCCAGGAAAGCACUGGUGGCAAAACCCAGGUUGCUAGCAUAAUCUCAGCAGGGAUUGUACUGAUUGCCAUUGUGGCUCUGGGGAAACUGCUAGAGCCCUUACAGAAGUCUGUGUUGGCAGCUGUUAUCAUUGCCAACUUGAAAGGGGUGUUCAUGCAGGUGUUUGAUGUUCCUCAUUUGUGGAGGCAGAAUAAGGCGGAUGCUAUGAUCUGGAUUUUCACAUGUGUGGCAUCCAUCAUUCUGGAUCUUGAUUUGGGAUUACUUGCUGGCCUUGUGUUCGGAUUACUGACAGUUGUGGUGAGAGUUCAGUUUCCCUCGUGGGGUGGCCUUGGGAAUGUUCCUGGCACAGACCUCUACAAGAAUGUCAAGAACUACAAAACUGUUGUUGAACCAGAAGGAGUGAAGAUUCUCAGAUUUUCCAGUCCUAUUUUUUAUGCUAAUAUAGAUGGAUUGAAAAGCAGCCUGAAAUCCACCGUGGGGUUUGAUGCAAUUCGCGUGCAUAACAAGAGGCUCAAAGCACUGAGGAUGAUACAGAAACUGAUCAAGAAGGGAAAAUUAAAAGCAACUAAGAAUGGCAUCAUCAGUGAUUCUGGGACUACCAAUGAAGCUUUUGAAUCUGAUGAAGAUCUUGAUGAUCCUGAAGAUCUUAAAAUUCCAACCAAAGAAGUAGAGAUCCAAGUGGACUGGAAUUCAGAACUCCCAGUCAAAGUGAAUGUCCCCAGAGUGCCUAUCCACAGUUUAAUUUUUGACUUUGGAGGUGUAUCAUUCUUGGAUGUUGUAGCCGUGAGGACAAUGAGAAUGAUAGUUAAAGAGUUCGAGAGAAUUGAUGUGACUGUAUACAUCGCAUCACAUCAAGACAACAUUAUAACAAAGCUGGAACAAUGUGGCUUCUUUGAUGAUAACAUCAGAAAAGACAUGUUCUUCCUGACUGUCCAUGAUGCUGUGCUUUACAUACAGCAUGAAAUGAUGCACAGAGACAUCCAGGAUCCUAUUUUUGAAAAGAUUUCUCUGAUGCAGGAAUCCAAUGAACCAAUAGAUUGCUCAGAAACAGACAAGCUUGAUGAUGAACUUGAUGUUCAGGAGGAGGCCAUGCGCAGACUUGCUUCAUGAAGGAAAACUAUUACGAAUAUCUUGGACUCCAUGGCAAUAUUCAGGCACCAAUACUAUAUAAGCGUUUUUUGCACUGGGACUUGUCUUUGCACUUGAAGAAAACAC